AUGUCCCUUGCUUACCUUAAAAACGGUGCUCCUAUUUUCGAGGACCCUGCAUACGAAGAUUGCGAACUCAUCCAAUUUCGUCUGACGGAUUCCGCUCUGCGUGGAUUCGAGCGACUGGCUGCAACACUCGUAGGGCCGCUCAAAUACAUUUACGUUUACUUUGAGCAACCUCACUGGUGCAACCGAUGGAUCUACGGAGUGUUUACGAAUCAACAAGUACUUCGUUUUUCCGUAACAAUAAUUUUUAGUGGAAAAAUAUUUUCUCUCGGGACGGCGAGCACCAGAAUCACGGUGAACGCCAAGGAGGAUAGUUUCUCAAUGGCGAAAGAAAGGAUGGUACAGCUGGAGGAUGGAACCAAGAAGCAGCAAACUAAAGAACUGAAUAUGUGCAAGCGCCAGUCCUCCAAAGCAAAAAAUAGGCUUCAGCAUAAGCUUGAUUCCGAAAAGUCCAAAGGGAACCGGGCUGAGCAUAUCAAACCCCGGUUACCUUCGAGCACCAAUGCAGUGGAUUCUCCACUUUCCUCAUCCAACGGCCAGAUACAAACCACUAGCCCCGGUGGACCUGUGGGCUGUGGGCCCAGCCCCCCUAUUCCCAAUCAAGCGGUCUUCAGCCGUUCCCUAAGUGAUACAACCUCACCGGUUGCGCUGGCUUCAAGACUGCUUGUUCAGACAGGCGUCAAGAUUCCAUCGCUACUGGAGUUAAAGAAAGCCGCAGGUGCAGAAGGAUCAGCUAGAUGGUCUGCUCCCCAAGUUGGUCGGNGUUCAGCCUAUGCCCUUUCACCUUCUGUCGUUGGUGAACUCGAUCCACAAUGGCCUGGGUACACUGCUACGGAGAGGAGCCGAAUAUUGUCACUCAAGGUACCGCAAUAUUCUCCGCCGAUUCUGGUUUACCAUGCUGAGUUCCGUCUGUACAUUGUAUUCACAAAAGGCACAAGGUCUCACACCCCAUCCCCGGUUAAUCCCCCUUCUUCUUGUUCGGGCGAGCCGGAGGAUCAAUUUGCCCGACGCCCAACACGAGCCAGUGCGCCCCUAGCCCCUCAUCCGUUAAGCCGAAAGAUUGCAGCUCUCAACCUACUUUCCAGUGGAGUUGAAGAGAGGGAGGUCGCAUCGCGCAUUGGCGUCAGCCCUGAGUUGCUUCACCAAUGGCGUGCUAGUGAGCAGGAGCUUCGAGAGCGCCACAGACGUUUAAACUCCCACCGGACACCUUCAGAAUCUCACACUAGUCCAGUCGCCGGUGUGUGUACGUCAUCCGACAAACCUGCGCGGCCUGUCACUCUGCCACUUACAGAAUCCCAACAAAGCAAUCCCAUCGCUUCAACCAGGACUGCCGUCCCGUCCACGAUCUCCCCAGUAACCGAUAUUCGCAUUUCUCCUCCCAAACGAGCCCGUGCCGAUAACCUGUCCAACCCGCUGCCUCACUCCAACGACCCGGAAUUCAACACCAUUGUAAAGGCAUCCAAAUCCCAAAACAUUCAUGCUGCCGCAUCUAAAGUGCGCGCUGCGGCUAAUGCCAACACGCCGUCACAGGCAACUAGUGUAGAUGCCACUCUCCCGACUUCGGUUCGCCAGAGUCAUUCGGACAUCAGCACGCGAUUUAAUCCAACCGGUGAUCAGUCACGUUCUCUUUCUCCGUCUUCUAGUCUACAUCACGAUUCCCUCCAUCCUAGCCUGUACUUGCAUUCGCGCCCGUCCCAGUUCUGUCCCCUCAGUGUGGGUGGUGGUACAGGCGGCGGUGGCGGUGGUGGCAUUGGGAGUGAGGGCGAAAGCGCCUCCCACACGCCUUGCUCCAACGUCAGCUCCGGUGGCUCAACCGAUGGCACCACAGCCGCUGCGAAUCCAUUCUCGUCGGGACCGGGAAGACUGGAUACUAAUGGCUGUUUCAUCGAUCGUACCGGUCGCACACGACCCAUACUACCUCUGUCUGUAACGUGCGAUUUGGAUAUGGUUACCGAUCAUCCUGUCGAACCGCUUCACGAGACUUACCCACUGUCCGAUCUUAGUGAGCCUCCAACAACCAAACCUCGGAUGGACUCGACCAAUGCACCUGCCGUCGGGUUCGAGCAUUCCUGGUCUGUCGAACUCUCACCUCAGAUGUCGGAGAUUGAACGGUUAUACCCGACAAUUUCCAAGACUGAACAAGUUGAGCUGUAUCGCGCGGAGUUCCAGUCAACCUACCCCACCUAUUUACGCAUGUACAACUCAUUUCCGGACAUUUGGCGUGGAAUAAGCAACUUGCACAACCGUGUUUUGGAUGCGGCUGGGACCGAUGGUUGGGAUAGUCCAACUGUGGCGCGGUUGGCGGAAGAGUUGGACAGUUUACUGGGUCGUACACGCACCGCGAAAUACCAAGAUGAUCUAGCCCAACUUACCCUCAUCUCCUACAAGUUGCGGUUACUGAAACGUCGGCUGGCAGAGGCAAGGAUGAGUCAGGUACUGCCCCAAGAAACCACGACAACUGACAUUGAACAUGUGGAAUCGUCCAAAGUGCAGUCUCAUCGGACAGGCAAAGAGGAUACCGGGGUUAAUCACCUAAACUCGAUGACGCUCAACAAGGCGAGGGUUGCACGGAAGCGACCUUCUAAUCCUCACAGUUCCAAGAUGGGAUCUGAGCAUUUGGGCGGAGCAGGAGACGGAGUUCCAGUCUACUGAGUGUCAUGUUCUCUCAUUUUCUUGAGGCACUUGGUUUUCGACUGUUGCUCUUAUUCAAACCUUGUUUCCACGGCGCCAACGAACAGAGAAUUCAGCAUGAACUCGGUUACUUUUGUGGUGGUCUGUGGUUUUUGUGAUGUCACGUUGGUUGUUCGAUUUCCAAGCGUGCAGAGAAUGAGGCCUCAUCACUUCCAACCUACCCCCCCCCACCCCCGUCACCAAUCACGUUCUGUUCUGUGUCAUUCCUAAGGAGACUCACUCGAUUCUUCUUCCACCUCAGAAAUUCAACGGUUUUCUCUUUUGUAUUAUGAAUAUUAAACCAGCAUACGUACAACGUGUGUAUUCCGUAGGGCUUUCGAUCACACUCCACUCCUGUGCUUUGCAUGUAUACUGUGUUCCACUUCUCUCAUCGUGUCCUACUCAGCCACCUGUUCACUGGUGGCUACAUCGAACCUCGUUAACAAUUUAUUUAUUUAUCCAAUUACUUAUUUAGUUAUUUGGUUGCUGUUCUCAUUCGAAAGAAAACUUGUGUACAGGACACGGGGACUGUUGUAUCUCCAACGUGGUGGCGUGAUGAACUCCGUUUUGCAAUUCUGUCUUCAUUCCUAGCCCAUCCGGUGAUGCUAAUGGUGGCAAUGUUCGUACGUGAUUUAUAUAUAUAUUUUUUUGUUUCUCGAAUCCGAUCCAACAAUCCCUUUUGCACACUCACCUUACAAUCCAGGGUCGUCUGUUUUGUUGGGUAAACAACAGACGUGUUUUCUCUCUCUGUCUCUAAUACAAACCCUUGUCAAACCGUAUUAUUUCAAGCUCCCCACCAGUCUGCGAUGGGGCUCGUCGAACCCUUUGUAAUCUCUACCACUGUGGUUGUCUUUCCGGGCUGAUCUCCGGGGUCCGUCCAUUAUCCAUCCUUUUCAAACUCUUGUUUGCACAAGGAAAAAUAAAAACGCCAUGCUGGUCGCGUCAUACAACCAUGUACACAAGCACGCAUUGACCCAGUAACAAAAAAAAACCCUCUCCGUCAGUAAUACGGUUCUACACAACCAGCGCAUCAAUGUCUUUCUUUUGUUGCCUAUAAGAUUCAUUCCGCUGCUGCAAGUGAUUUACUCUAGAUCUUCGUUGUUGUUGUUGUCGUCGACCGCGGUCAGAACGAUGUCCAGUUGUCUACCAUGAUUUUGUCUCUGUUCUCCAUACCAUAUCCUCACUCUAUCUGACUUGUCGAUCAUAUCUCACUAAAACGGUCGACGGUGGUCCUCGCUCCCCGACGCUAUUUUGAGCCAACUCUUAUUGGAUGAUGUUCUCCUUCCACUUUGACCUUCACCUUUCAGGACAUCCACCAACCAUUUUUCUUUCUUUCCUCAUCGCUGACCACAAUCUCAGAAUCAUGUAUUUUGUGCUUAUGCUUGCCUUUUCCGACUACUCACUUGUCUCUCUCUCUCUCUCUGUCUGUCUGUCUCUACUCACAGUCCUAACACGCAUGAUGACCAAGUCAGGUCAAAGUUUAAUCAACAGUCUGUGCCACAUUUGUGGUUGAGCGCUACCAUUAGACCUAUUCUGGGA